ACUCGCUCGCGACGCCGGCCCGCCCUCGACCCGGCUACUAUGACCAUCGCGCCUCGCCCCCUCACGCCCCUCGACGUGCGCCUGGCGUGCCGUAGCGGCCAGUGGAACGCCGCCUCCACCGCCGGCCACUGCGCCGGCUUUGUCCAGGCCAACCUCGUCGUCCUCCCGAGCAAGUACGCCGACGACUUUCGGGCCCUGUGCGCGCGCAACCCGGUCCCGUGUCCGCUCCUCGGCGAGACGGUCGCGCCCGGCAACCCGACCCUCCCGCCGCACCUCGCCGAGGACUGCGACGUGCGCACCGACGCGCCGGCCUACAACGUCUACGUCGGCGGCAACCUCGUCGCCACCAAGAAGGACAUCGUCGACGAGUGGCGCGACGACUCGGUGUGCUUCCUCAUCGGCUGCAGCUUCUCGUUCGAGGCGGCCCUUACGGCUGGUGGCCUGACGCCGAGGCAGAUCGAGAUCAGCAAGAACGUGCCCAUGUACAAGACGCGCGCGCCUCUCGCAGCGGCAGGAGUGUUCUCGGGUCGCAUGGUCGUCUCGAUGCGACCGUAUCUGCCGUCGCAAGUCGAGCUCGCGCGUGACCUCACGCGCCCGUUCGUCCGGGCGCACGGCGAGCCUGUCGCCUGGGGCGCAAAGGGCGCCGCCGAGCUCGGCAUCGACGACCCGCUCGGCGAGAGCCCCGACUUUGGCGAGGCGAGCGAGGUGCGAGAAGGCGAGGUCCCGGUGUACUGGGGUUGCGGCGUGACGCCUCAGAACGUCAUCAUGGAGUCGAAGCUGCCCGAUUGCGUCCUCGGGCACGCACCAGGGCACAUGCUCGUCCUCGACCUGCGGGACGAGGAGGUCUGUGCCUAGUCGAAUCGGCGACACAUCAGCUGUAUUACCAUGUCGCUCACCUCUGU